AUGUCUGCAGCAAUCUCAUAUCCCUCAAAUCAAAUACGGGGGCCGGAUCCCACAAUAUCUCUCAAGCAAGCUCUGGUGCAAUUCGAGGGGAUCCUGACAGACGACCAAAAACAACAGUAUCAGGCAAGCACUACGAGUCCAGAUGCCGCGAGCGUUAUUGCCUUUGUUGCACAGAUCGAUUCCAACAAAAGCAACAUGACAAGGAGAUGUGUGGCGCCAAGAUUGCACACCUUCCUACAGGCGACACAACAGUUUAGCGCCAUCGUGGAUACAUUCGUCAGCUCUAAUCCUCAAAUCGCUGCUAUGGUUUGGGGAGGCAUCAAGACGGCAAUUUUGACUGCGAGCAAUAUCGCAUCUUACUUUGACAAAGUCAGUAGUAUGAUCAUGUCGAUCGGCAGGUCAUGUCCGACGUAUCAGCAAUUUGGUCACCUUUACCCCGGCUGCGUUGGUCUCAAACGUAGUUUAUGCGAUUACUAUGCCGUCAUUAUCCAUUUAUGCAUCAAGAUUAUUGAAAUCACAAAGCGGACGCCUGUUACUCAAAUGUUAUCCUCUAUCUUGAAUCCCUUCGAGGCCGAAUUCAAACAUUUUCUGGAUCAGCUUGACGAAGCCGUGAGGGACAUACAGCUACAGCUUUCAUUUGCCUCGAAGAAGGCUAACGCUGAUGCUAAAGGUCUUCUUGAGCGCGAAAGCCGCGGCAAUUCAGCAUUCCGCCGCCACACCUUGAGAUUCCAUAAAGAGUCUAGAAAUGAGUAUGCUAAGGCGCAGCAAUCCCGAAUCGACAGCGUGAAAAGACAAGCCGCGGAAUUGAAGUCUAGCAUCAGAGAUAGUCUUUCUAGCAUCGACUACGAUAAGCCUUGGAAGCAAGCUUCACAGCAGCGCGUUCCUUCUACAGCUGAGUGGCUACAGAAGGAACCGCUAUUUCUUCACUGGAGAGACCGUUGGGACACCGACAUUCUAUGGUGCUCUGGCACGAUGGGUGUGGGUAAAACGGUGCUUAUGUCAAAUGUGGUUGCUCAACUACAUGCGUCCCGUGAGCCUAGCGAUAUUAUAUCCUACUACUUCUGUUCCGCCGACUACGCAGCAUCUCUAUCAGCGAGAAACAUUGUCGGAAGCAUUGCUCGUCAAUUAUUGAACGCACAGAUCGAGGUUGCGGAAAACGACCUUCUACGGCGUUUAUACGAGGAUAGUCGGGAUCUUAGCACGGCUGAGACUAUUGCUUUCUUAUUGACUCACCUCAAAGAUGACAAGAAAUAUUAUGUUAUUCUCGAUGGUCUCGAUGAGUGUGAUGGUAGCGAGAUUCAGCAGCUUGCGCAGGGCAUUGCCAAACUCUGUAGUACUCGCGUUAGGGCUUUCAAACUCCUUUGUGCUGGUCGCCCUGGGCUUGAACGGCAGUUAUUUAGAAAAAUCCAACCUAAAUACAAAAUCUCAGUGACUGAGAGAAAGGUUGAGUCCGACAUGGACCAAUACAUUGCGACAACUCUAGGCCGUUGCCUAGAUGAGGAACAGUUGAAGCUGGGGGAUCCGAAACUCAUCAUGAAAAUCUCCAACGCCCUUCACGAUGGAUCUAAUGGAAUGUUCCUCUGGACGCGUCUUUUGAUAGAAGAGCUAUGCGCACAGGGCAGUGACAAUGACAUCUUAGAGGUACUAAACCAUCUACCGCGUGGCCUCUCUGAAAUUUUUGAUCGAAAGCUACAUCGAGUUCGAAAGGAAACAACAGCAAAGGACGCGAUUGCAACACUCCAAUUUUGUGGUGUGGUGAAGCGAUCUUUGACAGUCUUGGAGUACCAAGAGGCUUUGAGUCUAAGUCCUGAACAAACUUCUCUUGAUAGCCAGAAGUUCCCCAAUGACAUGAAUAAGGUCAUGGCUAAUUGCUGUGGUUUGAUAUUCGUGGAUGAAGAGGAUAGCACCGUGCACUAUGUUCAUCAUAGUGUGAAACAACACCUCUUCAAAAUCAACCAUUGGUUAUCAGACGAAUUCGAUAUGAGGAAACUCGAUCGACAUCUCGGCUUACUUUGCAUGACCUAUCUUGACUUCACUACCUUCAGACGUCAGGUAUCCAAGGUCGCCGAGGGGUCGAACACUCCAAUAACCCCCCUUCAGCUUGGAAUCACCCCGAUAUACCGUUCGCGCAGUGAUACCAGUCGAAUGGCAAUGAAGUUACUUUGCCACCGUAAGCACUUGCAGCAUCUCAGUGCUCGGGAGUUGGAGAGGAAAUCUCGAAAAUUGUUCGAGGAUCUGGAGCCCUCACGGCUCGAUAUGGACCUCCAGAACCGCGAAUUCCAGUUUCUCGACUACGCCCGCUCUUGUUGGAUACAUCACGUAACAGACCUGGACCCUGAACUGGAUACCCAGAUGUGGAAAUUCUUUUGCCGUUGUGUAGACGGGGAUAUUAUUCUUGCACACAGGCCAUGGGAGUCGACAGAUCAGACUGAUGAUGAAAAAAACGAUAUAUCAAGAGUGGUACGGUGGCUUUUAACCCACGGCCAUUUCACGCUGUUUUUGUACCAUGCAAAGCACCAGUCGGACAUUUUGACUGAAAACGCCAAACUCGAAAUCCUUAAAAACUCCAGAGUUCAAGACCGUGGCCGCUUCACUAAGUUAAUCGUUCAACAAAGCAGCAAUUCCAUCGAAACAAUACAUUACGGAUUGUUAAAUGCUUCGAGAGAAGGAGACAUUACUUCAGUCGAAGCUUUACUGCGAGUGGGGACAAAUGUGAAUACUCUGGUAGAUAACCGAACAGCUCUUCAAGGAGCGGCAGAAGGAGGCCACCUCGAGGUGGUUGAGCGACUAUUGAUAGCAAAGGCCGAGGUCAAUACUCUUAUUGGAGGGAACGACCAAACAGCACUCCAAGCAGCAGCAGGCGGAGGCCAUCUGGCAGUAGUCGAGCGACUAUUGUCAGCAAAUGCUCAGGUCAAUACUCCUGAUACCGAAGAAGGACGCACAGCACUUCAAGCAGCAUCAGCUGGGGGUCACCUCGCUGUAGUCGAGCGACUAUUGACGGCAAAAGCCAAGGUCAAUAGUAUAACUUCGAUGGAAGGACGCACAGCAAUCCAAGCAGCAGCAGGCGGGGGUCACCUCGAGGUUGUCGAGCGAUUAUUGUUAGCAAAUGCUAAGGUUAAUACCCCGAUUAACAGAGAAGGACGCACGGCACUGCAAGCAGCAGCAGCCGGGGGCUAUCUCGAGGUUAUCGAGCGGCUGCUAGAAGCAGGGGCUAAUGUCGAUGCUGCUGCUAGUGGUCUUACUGGGCGAACAGCACUUCAAGCAGCGGCGGAAGGAGGCCAUGUCGAGGUGAUUGAGCGACUGCUAGAAGAAAAAGCCGAUGUCAAUGCUGCUGCUUCUAUUGAUGGAUAUACAGCACUCCAGGCAGCGGCAAUAGAAGGUCACAUCGAGGUGGUUGAGCGACUGCUAGAAGAAAAGGCCGAUGUCAAUAUCGCUGUUAGUGGGCAAUUGAAGGAAAUGGGGACACUACUGCAAAUAGUAGUAACAAGAGGUAAUCUCGAUGUCGCAGAUCGACUGAGACAGGCCGGGGCACUCUGA